UGGCGUAUCCCUGCCCUUGCCGCAUGAUCUAACUUCAAGCCAAGCGUCGGAAGCUUGGACGGGGUGAAGAACAUCAUCCCUCCUGUUCACCGACUUAAUUGGAGGAAGAUGCUUGGUCCGGCCACCGCCGUCCACCUCCCACUCAGCCCACCCUCUCUCAUCGUCUCGCCUCUCCUCCCGCUCCGCUGCCCCGUACCUAGGCUCGCCUUCCGCCCCCGCACCGCUGCCGCCCGCCCCCUCGCCUCCGCCGCCCAGCCCCCCGAUCUUAGCGCUGCGGCUGCCGAGGUGGACAUGUUCUGCGGCCGCGACGGCGUCUGGACUGCCCGCCAGCAGACGGUGGUGGUCCUCUGGGACCUCGAUAACAAGCCCCCCCGCGGGCCCCCUUACGAGGCCGCCGUCGCCCUCCGCCGCGCUGCCGAGCUCUUCGGACGCGUCGUCGAGGUCUCCGCCUACGCCAACCGCCACGCCUUCGUCCACCUCCCCCAGUGGGUCCUCGAGCAGCGCCGUGAGCGCCAUCGCCUGAACGUCCUCGAGCGCAAGGGCCUCGUCGCCCCUGCCGAAUCCUACACCUGCGGCGUCUGUGGCCGGAAGUGCCGAACCAACCUGGAUCUCAAGAAGCACUUCCGCCAGCUCCAUGUGCGUGAGCGCCAGAAGAAGCUGGACCGCAUGCGCUCCCUCAAGGGCAAGAAGCGGCAGAGGUACCGCGAGAGGUUCAUCGCUGGGAACCACAAGUACGAGGAUGCCGCCCGGACUCUGCUCACCCCCAAGACAGGGUAUGGCCUUGCUUCGGAGCUUCGGCGGGCAGGAGUCUUCGUCAGGACGGUCGCCGACAAGCCCCAGGCUGCAGACUCGGCGGUCAAAAGGCAGAUGCUGCAUUCUAUGACUCGGGGGAUUGAUUGGCUGUUUCUGGUGUCCGACGACUCGGAUUUUUCUGACAUGAUCAGGAGGGCGAGGGAGGCUGACCUGAGGACGGUGGUGGUCGGGGAUGGUCGGACGGCACUGGGGCGGCAGGCUGACAUAUGGGUUCCUUGGGUGCGGGUGGAGAAUGGGGAGGUGGGCAAAGAGUUGUUGCAGUCAGGGUGGGGGGCACAAUUCUUGGAUGGGGAGGAGGCGAAUAGUUAUUACGAUGCUGAUGACAACAUGGAAGGAUUAUUUGCAUCUGCUGGUUUCUAUGAGGAUGGUGAAUUGCAGGAUUUAGACGUGGUAAUUGAUGAGAUUGUCAUUGGGAAUUCCAGAUUGGGUGGUCUUGAGAUUUCAGCAUUUUCGGAGGAGGAGGUCGUCGAUGAAGGCACUUUUGGGGAGGAAUUUGGAUACGAGGGGAUUCAAAGCUUUGGAUCACCAACUCCCAACAACGAAUUGCUAUGGGAUAGUGAGGCAGAGGAGGAGGAUCCAUACAUUUGAGUGCCAAAAGACAUUGAAUAUGGGAGAAGAGCAAGCAAGCGGAAAAGGAAGACUGACAAAGAAAAGAGGAGAAAGAAGAAGAAGAAGAAGAAGAGCAUAUAUUCACAUUUCCACUAUUUAAUGGGCCGAGGAGAGGAAGAUGAUAAUGGUAUCUGUUGCCGUGAUUAAAUAUGGAUUUUUUUUUUCUGAAACAUCAUUAUAUAGAUAGUUGGGCUAUCAUCUUCAAAAAUUCUUUGAAUGAGAUUUCGUGUCCUAAAUCUAUCUCAUUAUGCUUUUAUCGGAUGAUAUUUUGGACAAUUAACAUUUGGUAAAUGACCAAUGACUACCUUUUAGGUGUUUAA